CUUUUCCUCCUCCAAAAAACCAAAAGGCCCAAAUGACGCUAAGUGAGGAGCAGAUCAGAGUGAUUAAGGACUAUCCGCUCAAUGACUCGCUGAGUCGUUUUUCAACCAACUUAUGCGAUUUGAAGGCAUCCGUUGAAUCCUGGCGCUCUGGCAUCGCAAGUCUCCUACUUGCCAUACUGGGCUCUGCCACAGCACACCGUCUUCCCGCUCCUGAUGGCAAUGGUAAUGUGGCCCUAAGGCUCUUUACCAUAAGGGAAAAAGCUCUAGAAGGUACCUCACUCCAGCUCGCACAGUUCCAACCGCUUGUGGACGCUGUCAUCGCCAACUCCCCCGAUAUCGACAUCUGGGCCGCCGUCUUUAAUCUCAUCGCUAAUGUCAACCCUUCAACGCCUCCACCCUCCAGCAUCGCCCCGACAUUCAGAGGAACACCCAUCAAGACCAGCUCGAGUCGACUUGCCGACAGCGAAACGCGCGACAUUGUCGAACGAGAGCUUUUCGAGGAGAUAAAAAACUGCACCUUCCGCAAUGUGGGUGGCUUCUGGGACAAGUUCUUCGACCCCAAGAACUGGCGCAAAAAACAGAACGCGAUGCUCAAGGGGAUAUUAACAGCGCACGACGGAAAGAGAUGGACGGAUUUCCCAACCGUACCUGACGAAAAGCCGGUCUGGGACUGGCUUCGCUCCUUAGAAGAGCACUUCUUGGACAAUGCGCCGUACAAGUUGCACACCACUAGAACCGCCAACCAGUUUAAGGAACGGAAAGGUCAGAUGGACCUUUUUUUGCAGAAGCCAGCCACAAAAGCCGGCAGCACCUUUUGGUACAAAGACGUUUUUGUUGUUGGGGAACAGAAGAAGUCGUACGACACAAGCAGGUUCAAGGCCGAUCUCCUCCAGCUCACUCGUUAUGUGCGAGGUGUCUUCGCGGAUCAGCCGACGCGCCGAUUUGUCCACGCCUUCUCCUUUUGUGCUUCCAAAAUAGAGCUUUGGAUCUUCGAUCGGUCAGGAGCGUACAGCUCGGGUCUAUUCGACAUUCACGACGAGCCGGAUAAGUUUGCGUGCGCUCUUGUUGGCUACGCUACGAUGGAUGACGACUUGAUGGGUCUAGACACAUUCAUUGAGCGAAGGGGUGAGCAUCGCUAUGUCACACUGGAUGAUGUAAGUGGCAAGGAUACAAGGGUCAGGCUAGACAAGGCGAUGGUCAGGCAGAUGGCCAUCGUUUGUCGCGGAACGACGUGUUAUGAGACCCAAAACAGCCACGUUGCCAAAUUCUCAUGGGCAUCGGAUAAGCGGAAGCCCGAGGUGGAACAAUUGAACCUGGCACAAGCAAUGGGUGUUAAAGGGGUAGCCAGGGUCGUGGCACAUCGUCGCAUCACUUCUAUUGCAGAGAUGCGGGAGGGGCUGCUGUUCUCAAAGGCUCACCAUUUUCGGGGUGAAGACGUUCACUUUGACGAUCCACCAUUAGCCACAGCAAGCACGAACACGUCGAGCAAGCGCAAGUCAUCGUCCGACCAUAUCUCCGAUGACGCGUCUGGACCCAAGAGGCGGCGGUCCAACAGUCAGAAGUCGAAGCUGGCUACCGAGUUGAAUGGAUCUACUCCUGCCUCGUUGUCUCGCCAGCUGGCCGUGUCAUCAGCGAGUUUAGGACCAUCAGGGGAACUGCUGGAGUCUGAACGAGAUGCGAUCGAAGCACAUCGGUCUCUCUACGUCAAGGGCAAGAUCCUCCACCGCGACAUAUCCUCAAACAACAUUAUUAUCACGAAGCCUGAAAUGGCAGAUGGCUUCAAGGGUAUGCUCAUCGACCUUGAUUUGGCCAAAGUGAGGGACAGUGGCCCUAGUGGGGCACGGCACCAGACCGGCACGAUGCAGUUCAUGGCGGUAGAGGUGCUCCGCAAGACCGAUCAUACCUACCGCCACGACCUCGAGUCGUUUUUCUACGUCCUGUUGUGGAUGUGCGCGCGCCAAUCAUGGAAUAAUGGCUUUGGUGGCGUAGAGAAGCCACCUAAAGAGAGCCUGUUCCGAAAAUGGGAGAUUGGAAGUUUCAGAGACAUAGCCCGAAUCAAAGCAGGCGAUAUGACUGUAGACGGCCUUGAGGUUAUAAUGGGUGAGUUUCCAAAGGCCUUGGAUGACGUUAAAGCCCUCUGUCUUAAGAUUAGGAAGAUCCUCUUCCCUUUAGACAAGGACGAAAGAAUGAGCUUUGGAACUCCUGCAGGAGACCCAGACCAAGUUUACGGGCCCAUCAUAGCUGCCUACGAUGAAGCUAUCAGCAAGCUUUAG